AUGUCAGAGGUGGCUGCAGAAUCGAAGGCGUCCAAUGUAGCCACCCUCGCUGCUACUUCGGCGUUCAUGUACGAUGGAGGAGCUGAUGUGCUCCCAGAACCAGGGAGACGAGCCGGUCGUCUCCCGCCUUUAGGGUCCUCGGCUGCGCAAUCAUUGGUGGUGAUCUGGUUGCUGGAUCGAGGCGUUCCGGUGGCUAAAGAAUGCGAGAGUGAUGACUUCAGCUUAUCGCGAAAGCAGCCGCGAAAGCCUGGAGCCAUGCAUGAGACGCGAACAUGGCGUCGCCAAGUCGCCGCACAUGAUCGCCAUCACUCUCUCGGUCCAAGGCGUCGAAUGGUAAUCAGCCGCGGCGGAUUCUCGCAUCUGUCAAUGUACGAGGCUGCGAUGGCGUCUGCGGGUGGAGUCGAGAUCGGUAUCGUGAGGCGAGAAGGAACGAAUAUCCCUGUUGACAAGCAUGACAAGGGAGGCACCACUGAACCUUGGAAGAGUGACUCAACAACGCCUGAUCCUUCAGAACAUCACUUCAGUUUACCUCGGGUACAAGGAUGUUUGCAAUGAAGCAUGUAAUUCUAGUACAAAUUCAAUCCUAUACUACAGUUGCUGCCCAACCACGUCGAUGCAGCAGACCCAGGAACCCGACCACGCAUGACAGCUGGCGUUCGCGCCCUACCUUCUCAGGCUCACAGAACUAUAUCGUUGCCGCCCAAUACCGAGAAGAGAUACUUGGUUUGAUCGAGGUUUCUAGUUCCUGCGUUGCGUUUUCACCGGAAGCUGCGAGGGCGCAAGGGUGAUCCGGUGUAUCCACAU